GCGACCGUGCAGAGCUCACACCGGCCUUUCCUGCGAGGGGAGAGGGGCUGAGCAGCCGGGCAGCCAUCGCCUUCUUCCUCCACCUCCUCCUCCUCCUUCCUCUCGGUGCAAGCUGACCCGUCACCGGCUUCAAUGAAACUGGCAGCAAUGAUCAAGAAGAUGUGUCCCAGCGAGGCCGAGCUGAGCAUCCCCGCCAAGAACUGCUACCGCAUGGUCAUCCUGGGCUCCUCCAAGGUGGGCAAGACAGCCAUUGUCUCGCGCUUCCUCACCGGCCGCUUCGAGGAGCAAUACACACCCACCAUCGAGGACUUCCACCGCAAGUUCUACAGCAUCCGUGGUGAGGUCUACCAGCUCGACAUCCUGGACACAUCGGGCAACCACCCCUUCCCAGCCAUGCGCCGCCUCUCCAUCCUCACAGGAGACGUGUUCAUCCUUGUGUUCAGCCUGGACAACCGGGACUCCUUUGAGGAGGUGCAACGCCUGAAGCAGCAAAUCCUGGAGACCAAGUCGUGCCUGAAGAACAAAACCAAGGAGAACAUAGAGGUGCCCCUGGUCAUCUGUGGCAAUAAGGGUGACCGGGACUUUUACCGGGAGGUGCAGCCCCGGGAGAUCGAGCAGCUGGUGGGAGGGGACCCCAAAAAAUGCGCCUACUUUGAGAUCUCAGCCAAGAAGAACAGCAGCCUGGACCAGAUGUUCCAGGCACUCUUUGCCAUGGCCAAGCUGCCCAGCGAGAUGAGCCCCGACCUGCACCGCAAGGUCUCGGUCCAGUACUGCGACAUCCUGCAUAAGAAGGCGCUGAAAGGCAAAAAGCUGCUGAAAGAGGGAGGCCGGGGCAGCACGGAGGAGGCGUACGGCAUCGUGGCCCCCUUCGCCCGGCGACCCAGUGUCCACAGCGACCUCAUGUACAUCCGGGAGAAAGCCAUCGGUGGCGGGCACAGCAAGGAGAAGGACCGCUGCGUGAUCAGCUAGGAGACCCUGCUCACCCCGCGACGGGAAGGAAGGAAGGAAGAAAGAAAGGAAGGAAGGAAGGAAAGAAAGAAGGGAGGGGGGAAAGACGCUCGUUUCUGAACUGACUUUGGGCAGGCAGGAGGGUGGGCAGGUGCCCACCUAGGCAGCAAGGGGGUCGCCUCUUCCCCAGCCUCCCUCAUCCCAAGGGAUCGCUUUCAUCAGCUCCCUCCCUGGGGGUGCAUUUUGGGAGCGAGGGAUGCGAAGGGGUAGGCUUUGGAGGGCAGGAGGUGGUGUCGCUGGGACCAGCCUCCUCCAGGCAGAGAGACAAGGAAAGGGUGAGCUGCCGGGCGGCCAGGUGGGAGGAUGAGUGUGGAGGGCACAGACCUUGGGUUUUGUUUCCCUGCAAAACCACCCAGCCUCGGGCACUGCCUUUGGGAGGGAGGGCAGAGGCCUGCCAGCGCCUGCUUGGGGCUUUGGGGUUGGUUUUUUUUUGUUGUUUUGUUGUUUUGGGUUGUCUUUUUUUAACUUGAGAAGCUGUGCACGGAUUCUGGCUGUGUCGUGCAUUCAUCUGUGUCUGCAAAACACGUGCAGAAGACACUCCUAAGCUGUUGCAAAGACAUUGCAGAGUUGCAGCCCUGAUGGACCAAAAAAACUGACUCUUGUUUACAUUUGUCUUGUCUGAUUUGCAAGAUUUGGGUGGGCGGGGGGUGUGGGAAGGGUUUUUUAAAUAAGAAAAUAAUAGGCACUUUAUGUAGGUAUUGGUUGUUAUUGACACGAACAAAAAAAAUCCUCAAGUGUUUCUACCGUGGGUGAAACUUGAUGUUUUAUUUUUUCUACAAAUUAAUAAAAUCUUUUUAAAACGACA